AUGGUAUUCAGUGGAGACAUGGUCGGUUGGACGAACACGCUAGCGAUGCAUCAGCCUGAUGCCAUUUUCAAACAGCACCGUCGCAAUAUUGCCAAAGUGGCUGGAGCGAGCACAUCUCUUACUGUCUUCGAUCGCAUUCAGAAUGAGGAAGCUGCUCACUUCCUCUUGAACGUACUGGAUACACCCGAGAACCUGUUCGAGCAUAUCAGGAAGGAAGCCGGCGCAGUCAUCUUGCGCAUCACGUAUGGAUAUACACCUAAUGCCCAGGGCCGAGACCCAUUGGUAGACAUGGCAGGACAGGCAAUGGCUGAUUUUGCCGAAGCGAGUGCUCCUGGUAGAUGGGCGGUUGAUGUACUCCCCUUUUUGAGAUACCUACCCGAUGGCUGUCCAGGCACUUCCUUCAAACGUACAGCCCGCGACAUGGCGAAACAUUUGGUGCGUACAGCCGAGGAACCCUACGCUUUCGUCAAGAAACAAAUGCGAGAGAAGACGGCCAAGACCUCUUUCCUCUCCCAAGCCCUGGAGUCCAUUGGUGUCGACGAUGCUGAAACAGAACGCAUCCACAAAUGGUCUGCGACGUCCAUGUAUACCGGUGGUGCCGAUACCACCGUCUCAGCACUAAUGACGUUCUUCCUCGCCAUGGCUGUAUUCCCAGAUGUCCAGAAGAAGGCACAGGAAGAGCUGGAUCGUGUAAUUGGCGGCGGGAGAUUGCCGGUAACAAGCGACAAAGCAAGCCUACCAUAUAUCGAAGCAGUAGUUAAGGAGACGCAUCGAUGGCACCCCAUUGCACCCAUGGCGCUGCCGCAUUGCUGUACGGAGGAAGAUAGCAUCAACGGAUACAGAAUACCAAAGGGAGCAAUGGUUCUACCCAACAACUGGUGGUUCACCCACGACCCCGCCGUAUACCCAGACCCCAUGACCUUCCGGCCAGAACGCUACAUCACAACCCCCACCCACACCGCAGAGCCCGAUCCCCGAACCUGGAGUUUUGGCUACGGACGUCGCGUCUGUCCCGGACGUUACGUCGCCGACAACGCCCUCUUCACCACCAUCGCGCAGUCGCUAGCCGUCUUUGACGUCGAGAAGCCUGUGGAGAAUGGCAGGACGGUGGAGCCAAAGGUUGAAUUCGAGCCUGGUCUGGUCAGCCACCCGAUGCCGUAUCGAGUGAGUAUCAAGCCGAGGAGUAAGGAGUGUGAGAUGUUGGUGAGGCAGGCGGAGGAAUUGUUUCCGUGGGGCGAGAGUGAUGCGCCGGAGCUUGAGGGGCUGAGAUAG